AUGGCUUCCCUCCGUCUGCUCCGUCUGCUCCGUCUGCUCUGCUCCUUUCUGUUCAUAUGGUCAGGAAAUCACAUAAAGGUAAGAGGUCACUUCAUCGUUCUUGCCACUAUGUCUUCAACUCCUCUGCGACCAAGUGGAGGCAGCUUGUAUAACACCUGCGACGCCGGGAACAUCCUGAUUUCAGUCGAUACGGACGAUGUCAAGAUUUUGAGACCAGCGGCAGAUAUGCCAAAGCGAGCAAUUGGGACACGACACCUGAAUGGCUGUUCUUGCGUCGUCAUCUCAGGAGAUGUAGUCCUCUUAGCGCACAUAUAA